AUGCUGCAGGUGGACUUCUGUGUUGAGAACGAUCAUGCUGGAACGUCCUGGAAGGUGGCUCAGGGGGUCACUGUGGACGUGGCCUUCUUGAGUACACGGGUUCGACUUGCCGCCCGUGCACACCUGAGAUCCCAGCUUAGACCUGCAGAUGACUACCAAUACGUCAGCCAACAACAGCAGACAGGAGCAACAUCAGACACCAACAGCAGACAUCAACAGCAGACACUAUCAACCAUCAACAACAGACACACAGACAGGAGCAACAUCAGACACCAACAGCAGACAGGAGCAACAUCAGACACCAACAGCAGACAGGAGCAACAUCAGACAUCAACAGCAGACAGACACAUCAGAACAACAGCAGACACUAUCAACCAUCAACAACAGACAUCAACAGACAGGAGCAACAUCAGACACCAACAGCAGACAGGAGCAAUAUCAGACAUCAACAGCAGACAUCAACGACAGACGGAGCAACAUCAGACACAAACAGCAGACAUCAACAGCAGACAUCAACGGCAGACAGAGCAACAUCAGACAUCAACAGCAGACAGGAGCAACAUCAGACAUCAACAGCAGAAACUAUCAACCAUCAACAACAGACAUCAACGGCAGACAGGAGCAACAUCAGACAUCAACGGCAGACAGGAGCAACAUCAGACAUCAACAGCAGACAGAGCAACAUCAGACACCAACAGCAGACACUAUCAACCAUCAACAACAGACAUCAACGGCAGACAGGAGCAACAUCAGACAUCAACAGCAGACAGAGCAAUAUCAGACACCAACAGCAGACAUCAACGGCAGACAGGAGCAACAUCAGACAUCAACAGCCGACAGAGCACAUCAGACAUCAAGACAUCAACGGCAGACAGGAGCAACAUCAGACAUCAACAGCAGAAACUAUCAACCAUCAACAACAGACAUCAACAGCAGACAGGAUCAAUAUCAGACAUCAAUACAGACAUCAACAGCAGACAGGAGCAACAUCAGACAUCAACAGCAGACAUCAACGGCAGACAGGAGCAACAUCAGACAUCAACAGCAGACAGGAGCAAUAUCAGACAUCAACAGCAGACAUCAACGGCAGACAGGAGCAACAUCAGACACACAAACAGCAGACAUCAACAGCAGACAUCAACGGCAGACAUCAACAGCAGACACUAUCAACCAUCAACAACAGACAUCAACAGCAGGAGCAAAGACACAACAGCAGACAUCAACGGCAGACAGGAGCAACAAUCAGACACAAACAGCAGACAUCAACAGCAGACACAUCAACCAUCAACAACAGACAUCAACGGCAGACAGGAGCAACAUCAGACAUCAACAGCAGGACAGGACAACACAGACAUCAACAGCAGACAUCAACGGCAGACAGGAGCAACAUCAGACACAAACAGCAGACAUCAACAGCAGACACACAACCAUCAACAACAGACAUCAACGGCAGGGACAAAACAGACACAACACAACAGGAGCAACAUCAGACAACAACAAGCAACAGCAGACACAACAGCAGACAUCAACAACAGACACCAACAGCAGGCAGCAUACAUCAACAACAGACAACAGGAGCAACAGCAGACAUCAACAGCAGACAGCAACAGUAGGAGGCGCAGCAGCAGGAAAUCCGGUAGCAGGGGAGGGGGAGCAGCUGUUCACUGA